UUUGACAUUCUGUUUCGGCGACGAGCUGCGAGUGUGCAAGAAAUGGGAAAAAACGCUAGUUAUAUGUAUAUUUUUGUGAUAAUUUGUGAUUAGUUCCGUAGUGUAUUAAUAAUAGCAUAUGUGCGCAUUAAUUGCAUAGUGUCACGUGUGUUGUUUGUACUCCAGUCACUUAAAACAUCUGCGGUCAUAAACCACCGAGUGAGGGAGUCGAGUGACAUUGAAGAGGCACAAAGAAGAAUCGAUAAUAAUUUUUGGCAAAUAGAUGAGAAAGUGGUUUGAAAUGUGAAGAUAAUUUUGGAGAAAGGGGAGUGUGAGAUUAAGUGAUUUUCUGUGGUAGUGGGCAAGAAAACAGCCUCAAAAUUAGUUUUCCCGCCCAUUGGGGGGUCGGGCGUAUGCCUGUGCCCCCGACCAGCGAUCUGUUGGCUACCAUAACAAUGUUCGAGCAACAGAUCAAAGCUGAGCCGAUGGGUUUCUACUCAACUUGUCCGCCACCGCCGCAAAUGGGCCAACCUUUACCACCGCGAUCUGUGGAGCAGGGCAAUGAGCAGACCGUAAUCACCAUGCAGGAUGACAAAGAUAAUAAUUCCAUGCAACCGCAAUCAUUAAUUGUGCCUCAGCCGCCAGAUACACCAAUGUCUAAUGUUUCGGACGUUGCGAAGCCAGAAUUGUCGCAAUCCAGCUCACAUGGGAUGCCACAUGCAAUGUCCGGACAGUCUAACGCAUCCGCCGGAACACACACGUCACGUAGCAAACCACAGGCGUGCAAAGUGUGUGGUAAAAUGCUUUCAUCUGCUAGCAGUUAUUAUGUCCACAUGAAGCUGCAUUCUGGGACUAAACCUUUUCAGUGCACGGUGUGCGAGGCAGCGUUCUGUCGAAAGCCCUACUUGGAGGUGCAUAUGAGGACGCAUACAGGCGAAAGACCGUUCCAGUGUGAUCUAUGUAUGAAAAGAUUCUCCCAGAAAUCGUCACUGAACACGCAUAAAAGAAUUCACACAGGCGAGCGACCAUUCAGGUGCCAUUGCGGAAAAACCUUUACACAAAAGUGUGCACUCACAUUGCACUCACGAAUUCAUACGGGGUAUUGGAGCAUAAAUAAGCCAUUUAGCUGUGGAGAAUGUCAGUCCUCGUUUACCAGGAAGCCGUAUCUCGAUAUACAUAUGCGAAUCCACACGGGUGAAAAACCAUUUCAAUGCGAAAUCUGUUCUAAAAGGUUCACUCAGAAGUCGACACUGAACAUUCACAAACGUAUACAUUCUGUCCAGCUAAAGCCAUAUGAGUGUCAACAAUGCCCGGCAAAAUUUUCCCGGAAACCCUAUUUGGAUAUCCAUUAUCGCACGCAUACGGGCGAGCGCCCAUUUGAAUGUGAAGUGUGUUUAAAGAGGUUCAGUCAAAAGUCAUCGUUAAACAUCCACAAGACAAUUCACACUGUGCAAGGACGACCUUUUCAAUGCACGGAAUGUCCGGCGGCGUUCUGUAGGAAACCAUAUUUGGACAUUCACGUGAGAAUUCACACGGGCGAGAAGCCAUUUCUUUGUGACAUAUGUCUCAAGCGAUUCACACAGAAAUCAUCACUAAAUAUUCAUAAAAGGAUUCACACUGGCGAACGUCCAUACGCUUGUGAUAUAUGUAAUAAGACGUUUGCCGUAAAAAGCUAUGUAACAGCACACAGAUGGUCUCAUGUUUCUGAGAAACCUUUGAGCUGUGAUCGGUGCUCCAUGACAUUUACGAGCAAAGCCCAGUUUGCCAUACAUAUUAGAACUCACUCAGCGGGACAAAAUUAUGAGUGCAAUAUCUGUGGGAGAACAUUCAUAAGGGAUAGUUACCUAAUUCGACAUCAUAAUCGUGUGCACAGAGAGAAUCGCACCACGGCAAAUAGUAUUGCGACAAUAAAUAGUGUAGCAGCGGGUCACGUGGACGAUGGUCAGUCAUCAGGGAAUGUGGACUUUGACUCGAACAAUUCUCAAGUGUGUGAUCUUAGGUAUGUGUCAGAAUUGCAACUGAACGCCUCACCAGCUGUAUCUCAAAUGUCUUCGCCUGGUAUUCCCGCCGAUCGAGUGAUGAUGAAUGAUCGUAGCAGUGCCAUGACGGUGUUGAAUGGAGCGCCGCCGAAUGAUCGCCAUAGCAAUGGGAGCAGCAAUGGAUCAGCUGGUCCAAUGGAUCAUAGCAUACAGCAGGAAAGAGCAGCAAUACAGAGUCGAGUGCUGCAGGAGAGAGCACUUCAGGAGCGGGCCAUCCAAGAGAGAGUUAUGCAAGAGCGUGCUAUGCAGGAGAGAGUCAACAUGCACGCUCCCAUUAGUAUGUCUGGCCAUGUGAUGGCACACGACGCGACGCGUAUUGACAAGAACGUGAUGCCCGGAACUAUUGCUAGUCCAGGACCUGUCUGAUCAUCGUAAACAGUCGAGAAAGAAUCUACCCUAUUCAUUUGAUGUCAUAUUCAUGAUCACCACAUGCUCAGCGAUAGAGCGAGUCGUUGCAAUCGAUUUUUAAUUUUAUUUUAGAAACCGUAUACCUAUCCUAAAUCGAUAAAGAACUGGAACAUAAUGACUAAACUAUAGGAGUUUACACUAAUAACAGAUACUACGUCAGCAAAACAGCGUGUGACUCUCCAUAAAGAUCAUAUUUGCCCCCAAUUUUACUUGUAAUAUUUUCUACAACAGAAAAAGUAGUGAGAUCAGAAGUAGAAGUAAUAUAGAGAAUUAGAUGAGGAAAGAACCCUUGUUAGAUCACUGUAACUUGAAAAGUUGACAGUAUAAUGUUCUGGGAUGCUCAUAGAAAUGUGCUGAAGAGUUCGACUUUCUCUUAACCAUUUUUUCCCCUUUAAUUCCACAGCCUGUAAAGUGCUAGCAUAUGAAAUUUUUUAAAGAUUGUGUUGCUAAGUAGAAAUGAUGUUCCUUCUAUUUUUAAUUUCUCACGCUAAAUCUUGAUGUGAUAUUUCUUCCAUUGUGACAAUCAUUGAAAUUUACAACAAAACUUUUAAAAAGACUUUUAUUUCGUACACUAACAAAUCUAAUUUAUUUGUAAUUUGGAGAAAGCGUUCUUGCAUCCCUAGACACAAGAUAAAGUAAAUUGAUAUUUGUCACAUUUAGCGAGUUCUAAGAAACGUGAAGAAUCUAGAAAAAAAACACACUUACCACGAGAACAAUAGAAAAUUAUAAAAUUAAUGUAUGAGAAAGGACAAACUACUGUAUUUAGAUAGUUCCCAAAUUUAUACAUACAUACAUACAUAUGUAUCACUGUAAUAAUGUAAGGAAAAAUUGUAGGCAUUGAAGGCAAGUCGCUUAAAAAGUAAUAGAAGAGAAAAGAAGUGAAAGAACAAAAUUCUCUCAUAAGAUUCACAGGUAUACUGAAAACUUGUAACUGAUAUUUUUGUAUAAAAUCAUAUACAUGAGCCCCCUAAAAUAUCUCUUAAUGAUAACUUAAGGAUAAACAAAAAACAAUGCGCUCCAGUCAAAAUUUUUAUUUUAUUUUUUUAAAAUCAAAAUUGUUUUUUUUUAAGAGAAUUUAUACAAUUAUUCAAUCCAUUUCGUUUUAGAUGUGAGAAUAUAACGUGCCAUUAUUUUUUUAUACUGAUAUAAUUUAUUUUUUGCUAUUCUCCAAGUUUUUUUUUAUCAAGUUUGUGAGAUGCAUAAAAUUGGCAGCAAGUUCAUUUGUUGAAAAUAAAUGACGUUGUAAGUUUUAUGUUUAUGUGAGGAAGGGUGAAGAUGGAAAGUCAUGAAAAUGCCUUUUAAACUAUAAAAUCUUGUACAAAAAAGAGAAGAGGUGAAAACAUGAAGAAGAGAAACAGCAAAAUUCAAUUGGAAUACAAGACAGUAAAUUUGUGCCAUAACUUUUAUUUAUAUGAUAACUAUUCACGAAAUUAUAGAAAAGGCGAAUUUGUGAAAAUUUGUUGCAAUUUCAAAAAGUGAAUAUAUAUUGAGCAUGAAUGUACAGUGGCCACUUAGAAUGCAAAUAAAGAGAUUAUUUGAUAAUAACUUAGUGUAAAAAAAAAUGUGUAGGGAAGCAGUGGCAUAGAUAAUGAUGAGAAGUAGCUCUAGAUCCACAAGAAAUAAUCAUAAAAAAUAGAACGUACGGACUACGUAGAGACUUGAAAUACGAUCACCGUGAACAGAAACGGACAAUGUUAUUAAUCUGCCAUAUCCGCUAUAUUUUGUGAGUGGAAAGAUUCUGUAAUUAGUUUCAGUGAAUGAACGUCUCCCUUGUAAUUUUUAUUAGUUACUCAGUUCGAAAAAUGUUUACACAAAACACACAUCUUUUAUACGCAACAUUGUUCGAAACGAAGGGAGAAGGAAAACUUACAAUAAAAAAAACUUGUAUAAAGAUAGAUCAUAAGGAUGGUAAUAAAAAUCAUUAACCCUAA